AUGAGUGCUUAACAUAAAAAGCUUUUCGAACUUAAACAAAAACAAGGAGUAGUCUCCUUUAAUAGAAGUUCUCACAUAUUGCUUCCAUUAAGUUCUCUGAAAUCACAACAAACAAUUUCAGAUGUUUAGGUUCAACUAGGCUCCCUUAGAACCCUCCCCGAUAUUAACUCAAGUCCUAAGAUUGAAACCCAAUCGAAAUGGUCAAAAUUAUAAAAAAUUUCCUAAACUUUCAGAUCCCCAAAUAGGAACCUCGUAAUGCCUGCUAAAAGGAGUUCCAUAUAGAGAAUGUCAAUUUCAUAGUAGUUUAAAAAUGUGGUUAAAUUUACAAGUUCAAUGUACGAAUUUCAAAUAAAUCAUAGAUAAUUUGAUGGUCUUGAUGCAGCCAAGAAUAUUGUCAAAAACAGCGAUGCAGUAGUGGUGAAGAUGUAAAAGACCCAGAACAUUGACUAUCUAGCAGUAGGAUUAGGAAAUAGUCAUGGUAACCAGGGUUUAAAUUUUUCGAAAAUAAUCACUCAUUGUGCAUUAGACUAAAUAGUGCAUGCCAUCAACGUCAUACCCAUAAUUGGAUUGGGGUUGUAAAUACAAUAAAGUUUCUAAAAUAUCUACUAGAAAGUGGAACAAAAUCUGAUAGAGUAAACCGAUUUUGAUGUAAAGAACAAUGGGUGUUCAUUAUUAUCACUGAUUGUUGUCAAUAAUACCAUAUACUGUGCCAAUUUAGGGGAUUCCAAGGCUGCCUUUUUCUAUAGAAAAGAUUUUGAUCCGAGUGGACCAAAAGAAAUCAGAAAGUUUGUCUAGAAGAAUUUAAAUUUUGUUCAUGACACGAACAAUAGUAAAGAGGUGCAAAGGAUAUUAAACAAAGGUGGCAAAAUAGAUUAAGCAGUAUACAAAGGGAAGAAAGUGUGGGAAUUUGAAGGUGUGGGUACUAAAUAAAAUUAACCUGGUGUCAAAUUGACAAGAUGUUUUGGUAAUUUGAUUGGCAAGACAGUUGGAAUGAGUGCUGAACCAGAGUUUUCAGAGUUUAAGGUUCCUAAAUCAGGAUACUUAUUGAUUGGAUCAACAGGAUUAUGGGAAAUCUUGGAUGUUUUAGUCAUCGAUUAAAUUUUAGAUGCUCAUUUUCCUCCAACUUGCUAGGAGGACAUUGAUUUAGCAAUAAAAUAGAUAGGUGACCAAACAAAAAAAUAUUGGGAUUAAGAUGGAGAAGGCUUAAUUGAUAUCUCUCUAAUUUUGAUUUAUAUAUAAAUGUGA